AUGGAGCAGCUGCCGCCCAAGGCUCCGAUCCCGAUGUCCCACAACUGGCCGACGCCGCCGCCGACGGCGGCGGCUUGGGCAGACGAGUUCCUCGACUUCUCCGCAUGGCGGCGUGGGGCCCACCGCCGGACGGUGAGCGACCCCAUCGCCUUCGUGGAGUCAGCGACGACCGGGUUCGAGGGGUUGGACAACGAGCAGCUGCGGAGCAUGUUCUCCGACGAGGUCACGGCGGCAGAGGCGGAGGCGGUUGGGCCGCAGUCUGACCCGUCCACGCCGUCGAACAGCGACGGCGGCGAGAGGAAGGCGGCGGCGGCACGGCUGAAGAACGAGCAGGGGGAGGCGGACGGCGGAUGUUCCGAGACGGCGGCGUGGAAUAAAUCCUCCGAGAGUAAUUUCUCCGGCAAGGCCAAUAUCGUGGAUCCCAAACGGAUCAAGCGAAUCUUGGCAAAUCGGCAAUCAGCUCAGAGGUCUCGUGUGCGAAAGCUACAAUACAUUUCCGAGCUUGAAAGGAGCGUAACAUCACUGCAGACUGAGGUAUCAGCAUUGUCUCCAAGGGUGGCAUUUUUGGACCAUCAGAGGCUUCUAUUGAAUGUGGAUAACAGUGCUCUUAAGCAGAGGAUUGCCGCUUUGGCUCAAGAAAAAAUUUUCAAAGAAGCCCAUAAAGAAGCAUUGAAGAAGGAAAUAGAGAGACUGAGAAAAAUCUACCACGAACAGAACAUUCCGAAGACGGCGGCCAACGCCGGAGUUGACGUCAUGCCAACAUCGCCGGCGGCAACCGCCGACAAAAGGGGCUGUUUGGAAGAUGAAUAA